UCUUGUAAAGAUCGUCUAGUGAGUUUGAACGAACCCUUCGUCAAGGAGUAGUGAGUAGGUGCUAAAGUAUUUGCUUACCAUCAUGUUCCGGUACAUGAGAUGCUCCGAGCACGACCACUCGUCGUUCAUCAAGCUCCUACAAAUGGAGAAAAAUCACAAAAACACCGACUGCUACUUUUUCUACUACUCCACGUGCACUAGGGGUGAUAGCUGUGCCUACCGCCAUGAAGCGUCAGCGCUGGGCUGCGAGACUGUCUGCUCGUACUGGCAGCAGGGAAGUUGCCUCAAUCAACACUGCAACUUCAGACACAUGGAGAUUAAGAAAAACCGUAAAGUUAUUCCUUGUUACUGGGAGAAAUUUCCCGGUGGUUGCAAGAAGCCGCACUGUCCGUUUUUACAUAGACAGAGUAGAAACAUAGCUAAUCCCAUUGAGCCAGUAAAAACAACAGGCCCAUCACCGGCUAAGCCCGCUAAUCAAGAAUGGUCCAAUCGCCCAGAUGCAAAAUUCGACGGUAACAGUACCGAGUCGGAGCAAAACCGGAACAGCAGCGAGGCCGGCAGCUUCAUCGGCAGCCCCGCGGUCGUUGACCCUCUCAUCGUCAACUUCGAAGAAGAAUCGGACAGUGAGAGCGCGCCCUCGCCCUCGAAGAGCCGCCGCAAUCGGGUCUCGUCCUGCAAAACGUACGAAGAGAUUCGCCUGGAGGAAAUACAAGCCGAGAGCGCGGCCUUCUACUCGUACUCCGAGCACUAUCAGCAGCUCGAGCAGCUACAGUAUCCGUAUCCAGAGAGCCCGGACACUGGGGGUGAGAAAGCUGUGAAGCCCAGGCUCGGUCAGAGACCGGCGCCGGCUUACGAGGAUGGCGAUGAUGAUGAUAAGGCCGAGCUGGACUUUGAAAUUCUUAGUCUCGAAGAGAUCAGAAAGAGGAGGAAGAAGAAGCAGGAGGCUGAUGAGCAGGGCGAAACGGAGGUCAAAGUCGUCAGGCAAGCGAUUGUCGUGUCGAGGCCAGAGGAAAAGGACCAAGAUUUUUUCAAGGAUGCGAUCAAGACGCUGGACGAGUUGAGGGGAACGAAACCAAGUAGAGCCCUCAACGAGAGGCGGAAGAGAAGCAUCGAGCUGGUCAGUGAUGACGUCAAGGAACAGAGUGCUAAGAGGCCCAAGAGCGAGGAGACGAAGGCGCGGCCUAUCAGGUUGAGGAGGUCUAGGUUGAUAGUCACGAGCACAUCGAUAGAGGGUUUGGCGGAUAAUGCCCAGCAGAAGGAUAAGAGGCCGGAAGACGUAGAUGUGCCGAGCAGUAGAAGACAGAGCGUUGAGAUCAGAAUGUGCGACAGCAGUACCGACGACAACCAGUCGUCCAAGGAUCAAGAGGCGGUGGUAUCGGCUACCCUGGAAGUGGAAGGAACCAAUAAGGAAGGAUCUGAUGGCGUUACGAAAAUUACAAAGCUAGACGGUGCCUGUGACAGUGGGGCAAUCGAGAUUGAAACUGAAGCCAACGAGGAAGAUGAUAUACUCAAGGACAUUGACGCUCUACUGUCCUGA